AUGUUGUUUACGGUUCCUCAACCAGUUGACACUGAAGAAAUCAAGAGGUUAGGCAAGCGUUUUCGGAAGCUAGAUCUGGACAACUCUGGGGCUCUGAGUGUGGAUGAGUUCAUGUCCCUGCCUGAACUCCAGCAGAAUCCCCUGGUGCAGCGUGUCAUCGAAAUCUUUGAUGUGGACGGCAACGGGGAGGUGGACUUUAAAGAAUUUAUCCAGGGCGUGUCACAGUUCAGCGUCAAGGGAGACAAGGAGUCCAAAAUGAAGUUUUUCUUCAACAUCUACGACAUGGACAAGGACGGGUACAUCUCCAACGGGGAGCUCUUUCAAGUCCUGAAGAUGAUGGUGGGCUCCAACCUGAGGGAUACGCAGCUGCAACAGAUCGUGGACAAGACGAUCACGAAUGCCGACACAGAUCAGGACGGCAGGAUCUCCUACGAUGAGUUCUGUGCGGUUGUCGGAAAUACAGACAUCCACAAAAAGAUGGUUGUAGAUGUAUAGCGCCCUCAAGUGUCCAAGUAAUUUAAGGUACCCUUGUCUGUUUUCUGUGACCACAUGGUGUGUCACAUUUCUCUGUCCCUGUGCAUUCACUUCUUCUUGUAGAUAUUGUUUAUAAUGUUCCUAGUUGUUUUUUUCUCAGAAAAGUCUAAAAAUUCACAUCAGAUGUUCUCUUGGUUCGCCUUGGCAUUACAUUCUCUUGUUUUACAUGUAAACCAUUUUACUGGGAGUUGAAUAACCCUAACACUGGCCAGACGUAACACGGAGCCAGACGUACACACAGAGCAUCAGAUGUAAAAGUCCGUGGGACCUUGCGGCAUUGAGCCAUGCCGUCAGUUGUUGUUUAGUAUGGGCUCCGUUCACAAGGACCCCCUCACCGGCGAGAAAAGGUUGGGGGAGACCAUAGUCAUGUUCCCUGACCAAAAGAUUCCAACUUUCCUUUUGGACGAAUCUUAGAUUCGUCAAAAAUAGAUCUUUUGGUCUGGGAACCAAACUA